AGUAGCAAAGGGGGGGAAAAAAAAAACACCUGCAAGAGAUGAAGCAUUGCAUGGAAGAUUAAAGGUAAAAAUGACCAAAAUAACUUGAGAUCUAGAACAGAAAACGUGCAACAGUCUGUGGUUUCCAUUUUACGUACGGACCUUAUGCGGCCGAUAAUCAAGCAGCUGACAGAGGAGAAGGGUGCUGCCGGAGCCUGGGUUGCUGAUCUGCGCGCGCACACACGCACAUGGAUUUACAGCCUCAGUCUAAAGCUCACCACCCAGCGGAUCGAUAUCUUUCUCCGUUCUUUUCGCGUCUGCUUUUUUUUUUUUUUUUUUUUUUUUCUCCUCUCCCUUAUUUUUUUUUUCUCACUGAUCAACGGAGUGAAGCAUCCUGGGAUUUAUCAUCGCUUCGUUAGCGCUGAACUACAGUGAGAUACCCCCCCACCCCACCCCAUCACCACCACUAACCACCCCUUCUUUGCUUUGCUCUCUCACCUGUCCAUAACCUGUGUGUGUGUGUGUGUGCAAAAGUGUGCAAGUGUGUAUGUUCUGUAGCUUUUCUAUGUAUGUGUAUGUGCGUGUGUUUUGGUUGUUGUCCGCCAGAGGGAGUGUAGGUGAUAUUGCUUGUGUAUGCAUCUGAGUGCUGUGCCAGUUUUUAAUUAGUAGUCCAGCUCGUGACUGUGUGUUAGUGUCUGCUUAGUUUAUGUGGUUUUUUUUGGUUUUUUUUUUGUGUGUGUGUAUGUUUGUGCAUGUAAAUCUUUAAAGUAUUGUGUGGGUGUGUACUUAAGAUGCCCAACAUUUCCUCUGCACCACAUCCCCUUCCUCGUAUAUGCCCUUGUGUCAUUUGGCCACCUGUUUGACCCCCCCUCCAUACAUAAACACACCCUAAAAAACCAAAACCUCCAUCAGGAUGAGUGAGCGCUCCGGUGCAAGCACUCUAGCCGCCAUGACGCUAGAGGAGCCAGGGGCUGAACAAGCAUCCCCCAGAGCCCCGGGCCCUCUCCGCUGUGGCCCCUGUGCUGUGUGGCCUCGCCAGCAGACCUGGCUGUGUGCCGUGCCCCUGGUAAUGGGCUUUGUGGGACUAGGACUCAGCCUCAUGCUACUGAAAUGGAUUGUGGUUGGCUCUGUCCAAGACUAUGUUCCCACUGAUCUGGUGGAUCCUAAAGGUAGCAUCGGACAAGACCCUAUAUUUCUCUCCAAACCCAGUGCCAUGCCCAAGGGGCCCGACAUUUCUACCGCAACUACAUCCACUGCCUCUACCACAGCAAUUGUUUCAACCACAACGCCGCUAGCUGCGGAUGGUACCGCCCCAGCUCCAAGAACUCGAUCCGGGCCACCUGCGAACCACUCAGCCAAUGGCAGCGCUGUCAAUGGAGAAGGUAACCGAGCUCCUCACCUUCAUAACCGCGUCGGCACCCGCAUUAGUGGAACUGUAGUUACUGCCUCCACCACACGCGCCACUCGCCUCACCCCACCACCUAGCGGUAAAGAGGUCACGCCACGCAGCACGGUUAGAAAAGGAAGCAACACCGGUAAUGGACGUAAUGGACCCGCCAAACCUGGACAGACUUCUUCUACGAUCACCUCCACCACAUCCACCACGACUACCACAGCUGUUAAAACCACAGCCAAGGUGCAGCCCACCACCUCCCAACCGUCGGCCCCAGUUAAGCCAACGUCACGCUGGAAUCAUGGCCGUCCAGGCAAAGGCCCCGCCACACGCCCACACCAUCGCUUCCGAACACCAGUGGCUCCAACGCUUCCCAGUGUACGCUCAGAGGUCUUCAAGCCAUGUGUGGAAGACAAGGACCUGGCUUUUUGUCUAAAUGAGGGCGAGUGCUCCAUAAUUGAAACUGUGGCUGCGGUUCACAGACACUGCAGGUGUAAGGAGGGCUACCAUGGGCUACGAUGUGACCAGUUUGUUCCCAAGACAGAUGCUAUCUUGUCAGAUCCAACGGAUGAACUAGGGAUCGAGUUCAUGGAGAGCGGUGACACCUACCAGAGGCAGGUGCUGUCCAUCUUCAGCAUUGCCUCAGGGAUCUGUCUUCUCGGAGUGGCAUGUAUGGCUCUCUACCGCCGCAACAAGAAACACAGAGAAAAACUCCAAGCUCAUUUCUCCGAUAGCCGCAGCCUGAGGGACUGUAGCGUCAACGCCUCGGGCCUCAUGUCCAAAUCUACACCCAGGCCUCAGUACAGCCUUCAACUCCAAAAAAGCUGCUCUUCACAUGGAUCGUCUGUUAAAGGCAGUAACGUGGGCACAUCAGCAGCGGCUCCACCAAUCCUCAGCAGAGCUCUGUCCAAAGGGAAACGCUUCAGGAGUAGCUCUCUUUCGCUCAGUCCGGCUCAACAACGCAGAGAGGCCAAUAACUUCAGGACGCCGCCGGUUUCAAGAGGAAAGCACAAACUAUCCACUAAUCUCAUAGACGGAUCCAGAGUCGCUGGCCAUGUCUACAAACACUUGCAGGAGGAUGAAUCAACAGAUAUGGAGUCCAUAAGAAGGUGUGAUUCUGCCAGUGGAAGGGUCGGCGCUCUCCUCAGCAGGACCUCACUUUCUCACUUCGCAGCCAGAAAAGGAUGGACCGAGGUCCCCUGUACCCGCCUGGAUAAAGCAACAACCUUCCUUCCGCCCUCCCUGCGCACUCGUUCCGUGCCCAUCAUCCCGUCACUCCAAGCGUGCGACCUCGAAGGGGGGUAUGUGGAUGCGAAUGACCGGAACCAGGGGGGACUCCUCAAGUGGCACCCUGUCGCGGCUGGAAAGACACCCGUGCCCAUUAGCAAUCCGCCCUCUCCCCCUCGCGAGACUGUUGUGCUGGGGCCUGGUGUGAUGCCCGGCAGCGUUAGCCCUCUUAGCACCACUACUCCUACACUGGAGUCAGAGAAGAACCUCGACUCCACACAAACACCCUGCUCAUUUGAAAUUACAGUGGAACUUGCGCAGGAAUUAAAACAGAAAAGCCUCUCCAGCUCUGUGAAAAUUUCCGGGUCUCACAGAGAGAUCCAGUGUGGAGGCACAAACAUUCUCGAGACUGGAUCUAUGCAGGAGUCAGAGGGGAAAAGUGUCCAAUAUUCAGCUAAAGAUCUCCACAGUGGCGACGGCACCAGAGGUUUGAAGGCGGGAGGCCAAAGAGAAGCCCAGGGACAGUGCCAAGGUCAGACAUCCCUCGUGUACGGUACCGCAAACUGCUCCUUGGCCACCAAAGGAUCCAGCUACAGAGGAACUGGAAAAGGUUUUGCCAAGCCUUCUGCAAGCUGAUUGGAUUAACUCUGUAAAGCUUCUAAGACACUGUUUCCAAUACUGUAUACUUUUGCCGGUGGCACAGGAUGGUUAGCAGGUGGGAUCAUCUGUGUGGCCACAUUGACCAAUAUCACAUGCCCGUACAUUUUCAAGGAGUAUGAACAGAUUGAACUGCGGAGGAAAAAAAAAAAAUACUCACACACAACAAAAGACUUGAAACUAUAAAGGAAAAGAGACAGCAAACACACAUUGUGAAUAAAUGUGACUCAAUAAGGAAAA